UGUGAAUAGUCGAUACAGAAAAGCUGUAACGAUCACGAAUGACCGUUGGUGGGCGGGUAUCAAGCUAGGGAGGAGGGGAAAGGAUCUGGACUGUUGCCUGGCGUCACAUGAUUUCUGACUGAAGGUGAAGUGUUUAUUUGCCCCUCGCGAAAAUGUUGUGUUCGAAAGUCCGUUCACUUUCCAGGGUCUUUGCAGUGGUCACCUCUGGAGUCGGGAGAUAUUCUGCGGCUGCAGCACUUCCAGCUCCAAACACCCAGCCAGAUGUUUACUAUGAUAAGAUCUUUAUCAACAAUGAAUGGCAUGAUGCUGUCAGUAAGAAAACAUUCCCAACCAUUAACCCUUCCACAGGGGAAAUCAUCUGCCAGGUUGCCAGGGGCGACCAGGAUGAUGUGAAUAAAGCAGUGAAGGCAGCAAAAGAAGCAUUUAGGUUUGGAUCUCCAUGGCGAUUAAUGGAUGCAUCACAAAGAGGGGUCCUUAUAAACCGUUUAGCUGAUCUCAUUGAGCGUGAUCGAGCAUAUUUGGCAUCAUUGGAGACGUUGGACAAUGGAAAACCAUACCACACAGCCUACAUGGCAGACCUAAAUUUGGUUAUCAAAUGUCUCAGGUACUAUGCAGGCUGGGCCGAUAAAUACCAUGGUAAAACCAUCCCUCUAGAUGGAAACUACUUCUGUUAUACACGCCAUGAGCCAGUUGGGGUGUGUGGGCAAAUCAUCCCAUGGAAUUUCCCACUGUUGAUGCAGGCCUGGAAGCUUGGACCCGCACUAGCAACUGGAAAUGUGGUGGUGAUGAAAGUGGCAGAGCAGACCCCAUUAACAGCGCUUUAUGUAGCAAAUUUAAUCAAGGAGGCAGGAUUUCCACCAGGGGUUGUGAAUAUUAUUCCUGGUUUCGGAGAAACUGCGGGAGCUGCCAUUGCCUCUCAUAUGGAUGUUGAUAAAGUUGCAUUCACGGGAUCCACUGAGGUUGGUCACCUGAUCCAGCAGGCUGCAGGAAAAAGUAAUUUGAAGAAGGUGACACUGGAACUUGGAGGAAAAAGCCCAAAUAUUAUCCUUUCUGAUGCUGAUCUUGAUCAUGCAGUUGAGGAGUCCCAUACAGCUCUAUUCUUUAACCAAGGACAAUGUUGCUGUGCCGGAUCUCGUACGUAUGUUCAAGAGUCUAUCUAUGAUCGAUUUGUAGAGCAAAGUGUGGAAAGAGCCAAACUUCGGACUGUGGGAGAUCCAUUUGACUCCAAGAAUGAGCAGGGGCCACAGGUAGAUGAGGAGCAAUUCAACAAAAUUCUGGGAUACAUCAGUCGUGGAAAAAAGGAAGGAGCCAAACUGCUUUGUGGGGGAGGAGUGGCAGCAGACCGUGGGUUCUUUAUCCAACCAACUGUGUUUGGAGAUGUGAAGGAUGAUAUGAUUAUUGCUAGGGAGGAGAUCUUUGGACCAGUGAUGCAGAUUCUGAAGUUUAAGACAAUGGAGGAGGUGAUUGAGCGAGCAAAUGAUUCUGUGUAUGGACUUGCAGCUGCAGUGUUUACCAAUGACAUCAACAAGGCUAACUACGUGUCUCAGGGACUACGCGCAGGAACUAUCUGGAUAAAUUGUUAUGAUGUGUUUGGAGCUCAAGCUCCAUUUGGUGGAUACAAAGCUUCGGGCAAUGGACGGGAACUUGGAGAAUAUGGACUGGAAGCAUACACAGAAGUAAAGACUGUGACACUAAAGGUCCUCCAGAAGAACUCUUAAGACCGACCACUAGCUUUUUGAGUGCCCUUUCAGCCUUCAGUGUGGAAUUACAAAGAAUAGAACAUUUAAACUAAUGACAGCAAUCUUUGAAACGUGUCAAGAAAAUUGAUUGUAUUGUCAACAGUGCUAAAUGAUGAUUAAUGCCAUAAUGACCGUUACCUCUUAAUUAACUAAAAUAUUUAAGUGCUAAGCAUGCAAACUAAUAUCAUUUGAGUUCCAGCUAAUGAGUUGCACUUGCAUUUAGUUACAGUUUAAUACAGGCAAAUUAAGGGUUGAUUUGCAGUAACUGAUCGAUUAGUACCAAAAUAUUAAUUAUGCUUUUUUCUGCAGCUCAUUUGGUAAUGUUGCUUUCUUGGACACAAAUUAAAUAGUCAACUAGUUAAACAUUAAGAAUUCUAGUAGUUUUGUUUAUUCCUUUUUUAAAAAAUCUUGUACUUUGAAUUAAAGAAUCCAUCCAUUUGUAACAAUGGCAGAAGAUUUCCUUGCCAAAAGCUGCAGCUCCGUAUUAUUGGCGUACGUGGCAUCAAUGAGAUGGAACAGCUUUUGACAGACUAAUUAUUUGUGCAAUAUUAGAGAUUUGUUUAAAAUUUUAUAUCAUAAAAUUCCAAUGUACAGCAUGAAAUAAAGCAGAUUUAAUUACAUAA